CCCUUCUCUUUCGCUCUCCUCCCGCUGACUAGCCCUAACGGCGAGCCAGGCAACUUGCCGACAAAAGAAAGUUUCUCGCCGCUUGACGAGUGAACGCCUGCUCGAGAUGAGUUGAUGCCGGCCUGGACCGGAAGUUUAAUAAAGCAAUUGACAAGGAGGGAACGCCUCGGACGAUGCCUGCUACUUGUGUGUUGACGCCGUCUUAGCGUCGGACGUGCGUGCGCGCGUGUGUGUGUGUGUAUCGUGGUUGCGGCGAUUUGUCAUUUCCUGCAGCGGCAGGGGCCCGUUGCUCGCUACCAUUUGUGGAAAUGGCACGACAGUUCGCGGAGAAUAUGAAGCAGAAACAUCAUAUGAAUGAAAUACCGCAAGUGUGGAAGUCUUACCUGUACCAGCUUCAGCAAAAAGCACCAACGCCAAAGAGGAUAGUCUGCAAUAAAGAGGUGCCUAAUCGUCCCGCUCAUUAUGGAAGGGAGUUUCACGGGAUUAUAUCCCGGGAGGAAGCGGAGCGCAUGCUGCAAGAAGGGGAUGGCUGCUAUCUGGUCAGAGAAAGUCAGCGUGCUCCUGGUCAAUACACGCUGAGCUUAAGGUUUGGAAACGCGUGCAAGAACUUUAGGUUGUAUCACGACGGAAUGCACUAUGUUGGGGAGAAGCGCUUUGCAACGCUACAAGACCUGGUGGCCGACGGUCUGAUCACAAUGUACUUAGAGACGUACGCGGGCGAGUACAUCAACUCCAUGUGCGCCCAGUCGCGGUACGAGGACAGCCCUUACAUGACGCUCCACUCAUACCAGCGCCAGCUGCGUCAGAAGCAGCAGCAAUCACUUCGCAUGCGCCACCACCGACAACCGCCACCCGCUGCCGAACAGGAGAGUCACGAGUAUGACAAGCCUGAUGAGGAGCUCGAUUGUCCCUUGCUGGAUGGCAUUCCCGAAGACAUCAACGUCCAAGAUUUUGAAAAACCUCAUGCUUUUAAGGUAAAUAAUUUCAAAGGCCUCCCGUGGUGUGACUUCUGUGGCAACUUCAUGUGGGGUCUGAUAGCCCAGGGUGUACGGUGUGAAGACUGUGGCUUCAGUGCACACAACCGAUGUUCAGAGAAAGUGCCAAACGACUGCCUGCCAGACACCAAGUACGUCAAGCGGGUCUUUGGGGUGGACCUGACUACCCUGGUGAAAGCUCACAAUACUCCUCGGCCAUUUGUUUUGGAUAUGUGCAUCAAGGAGAUUGAGCAAAGAGGCUUAGAUACUGAAGGCAUUUAUCGUGUGUCUGGAUUUAGUGACGAAAUAGAAGCUUUGAGGAUGUCAUUCGAGAAAGACGGGGAAAGUGCACCGUUGAGUGCAUCAACGUACGAAGACGUCCAUGUAGUGGCAGGUGUCUUGAAACUGUUCUUGAGGUUGCUGCCCAUACCUCUCAUCACAUUCGACAGCUAUACAAAGUUUUUUGAUGCAGUCAAGAGCAACAAAGUAGAGGAAAAGCUUGAAGCCAUGAAGGAAGCAGUAAAGUCAUUGCCACCUGCUCACUACCAGUCAUUGAAGUAUCUCAUGAGUCAUUUGCAAAGGGUCUCGGAGCACCAGAAGAAAAACCUGAUGUCACCAAAGAACCUGAGUACAGUGUUUUCGCCGACAGUGAUGCGGACACCCGACAUCAUGGGCAUGGGUCUGGAUCAGAUGAGUGCCUGGCACACGGAGAGUGCCGUCGUCGAACUGCUCAUCAGCUAUAAUCGGACCGUGUUCGUCCAGUAGCCAACCUUUUGAAAGGCAGCUAGCCACAUGCACUUUCAAAGGUUGCCCCACCCCUGUGUCACGUACGGACUCGCCGAAAAAGAGUUUAUCGAUCUGUGCUGUCGUUGAGCAAGCGUGUAGCUCUGUCUAAAUCUGUCAGUCUGUUUUCCAGUCUGAACUGACCAACUCUGGUGUAAAAAGUGAGCUCAGGGAUGAGGUGAUAUGUAUCACAUAUUCCUGGAGGUGCACUUGGCUGGGAUGGUGUUCAUUGUUUUCAAGCACUUAAUAUUGUUUUCUAGUUUUCAGGUCGAAGCUUUCGUCAAGCCUUGCUUGUGAGUAGGUCAUAAUACUUGCAUGCAUUUACUUUGCUUGCUACGCUUUUUAUGUAAGAUUCACAACUUUUGAUGAUACAAAUGGGGAUUUUCUGACUAAGCUAAAAAAAUUUAGUGCCUAGGUUUUCAGGAAAUGCAGCUGUUAGAUUAAUGAGUGUUUUAGCAUGCACUGGCACAGACCUGGUGUCUGGUCAUGUGUCAUUCUUCUUGCACCUCGUAAUGGGCUUGCAGUGUUUUUAUAUUUCGAGUUUGAAUUCCUCAAGAAACAUCUUUUUAAGAGUUUCAGAGAAGGUCUGCUUCACUUAUAAUUCCUGUUGCCAACAGCUUCCUUUUUUUUUUUGACCCAGGUUUAUUGCUCUUAAUUUCUGCGCUUCUUUCUGACGCAGCACUCGAUAAUUUCGUCACUGCCGUUACCGAGAGAACAUGUCGUGGCAUAUAACGAGCUGAGCACUUAGUGUUUUGCACACCGCAUCAUUUUACGCAGCUGCUGAUGCUAGAUAUUUCCUCGCCUUGUAUUGGUCAUUGACCACGCUGAUUUGUAAUUAAUUAUCUGGCAUAUGAACAUGUUGGUUGCGGAGAAGUAGGGCAUUUGUCAAGCAUAUAGGAUUGUGGAAAAUGCCACUGAUAACAGUACUGCUAACCACGUUGCACUGCAAUUGAGCACUUACCAAGGCUUGAAGUAACCCAUUGUCAUUUGAGUGCCACUCCAAUUUUCACGUGUUUAUUCAGUCAACAAAUCACGACCUGGCUAGUCUAGAAGCGAAAAGGACUAAAGAAAGGCAACAGAUAAAUGUUGAAUCCAGGCCACUGUAAAUCACUCUAAGUGACGCUUUCCGAUUUGUUUCUUUAGUCGCAGCACAGUAUUUAAGUAGGUUCUACAGUACCAACGUGAUAUUUUGUUCACUAAGCCAUGAUGUAUGCUAUGCAUCUAGCUUUCAUUAUUCUGGCUAUUUUUUUCCUUGUCCUCACUGACGGAGGUCAGAUAUGCAUAAUGUUUCCAUGUGCUUUUGACUGAUGCGACAAUUUCAUCAGUUUCCUAACAGUCAUAAAACUGACAUCGCACUGUGCACUUGCCUAGGCACAAUGUUUUUUUGCAGUAAUGCAAAGGAGUUCUAUAAUUGUGAUAUUACGGAGUGUUGACGUGGAAAAUAUUAAAACAAAGAAUGCAUAAUCGAAACUUCAAUGCUUCUAGGGUCUAUACUGGCAAAGUUUCAGCAAAUUGUCUUUUGUGUUCAGCAGUGGUCAGAUCUUGCACUGCUUAUGCUAUAAUUUGGUUGGCGUUGUGGGAUGCCCCUGUACUACUCUUGUUUUGUUUUCUUGUCACUGUAGUUCGUUAUCAGUUGUACUAUGUUAGCUCUUAACAUGCUAGGUAAAGGGUCACCAAAAGUAAGCAAUAUGCUCCACUAAAGCGAUAGAGUCAGCUUUCUCUAUCUGAUCGAUGUAAUAUCUUGAUAAAGAUCUCUCUGAAAUCUUUCAUAGGCAGCUGGAAGUAAAUUUUUUGGAAUGUUUUUUGCUGGUCUAGUUAAAAAGGUGAAAUAAAUCAAUAAGAAGUCUCUUGUAAUAGUUUGAUAUGGUCCUACAUUUUCAGAGUGGUAAUGCCAUCUGUCUAUCCAUAUCCCUAAUUUUGUCUCACAGAUGGCACAUUGUCAUCAGCACUCUUGAAGUUAUUUGUUCUUACUUUACAAGAAUGCUAAUUUGCAGACCUAGCUCAACCUCAUUUAUUGCCUUUUGUGUCCUUUCAAAAAGAGUAUUGUGCAUUGAAACUGCACGUGAAAUUUUGGAUGCAUGUUUUUUGCACGUUAUGCAAAUCACACUUUUCCUUUUUUUUCUUUCUUUUGUAAUGAUACCAGUGGUUACUUAUAAACCCUGGUUCUCAGUUGGAUGGUACUAAAUUUGGAAAAUUGCUGCUCUCACCAAAUGUGCUGAAGAGAUCAACGAAUCUAUCCCAUUGUGUUCUUCAGUACAUGUCACUGUAUAUUCGAGUCUGUUUGUUAAGUCACAUAUUGUAUCUCUUGAAUGCCAUUAACGCACGCGAUUAAGGCAUUAGGCUCUGAAGGGACAUAAGUGAACGGCACAUACAAUAUCUGUCAUCCAUUCUUUAUUUUCAUUCGCACUGCAAUAAAUGAAACACCCUCUAAGUAGUCGCAUUUACUGAAUCUGACUAACUAAGCCAAUUACCGGUUGUGUUAACAUUUUUUUUUCCACAUCCGAAGUUAUUGCAGCUGAGCUUCACCCCUGAGUCAGAAUUUAGUUGAGCAGUGGCAAAGUCUCACAGUUUGUGGAGGACUGCAUAAAAAAGGCAUUUAACGAAGUACCAGUAUUUAUUAAAUGUACUAAUAAUCUACUGUGUGCAGUAUUUAGGCACUAUCAGUUUAGGUCAUGCUUAAGGGGUCGGCGUAUGGUAACCUUGUAAUUCAAUCAUUCUAACUCGUGUUGAAAUGAUUAAAUUGCAGAAUGCUUAGAAACCACUUCUUGUUUCUUUAAAUGCAACUUUUGUGAUAAUUGGAGGAGUUUCUCAUUAUUCAGUACAAUGUGAGCUUCUGAUUUCUAUUGAGAAGUGUUCUGUGGACUGCUAACAAAUUCUCUAUUUUAGUAAGCACCGGCUGCAGCAGUCAUGUGACUAAGACACUGCUUCGCAGAGCACCAGGUUUGAUUUCUGGCUCUUGCGGCCUCAUUUCUAUGGAACUACACGAGAUCUUGCAUGUACCAUUCUUUAGAUACGCGUUAAAGAAACUAAAAUGGUUUAAUGUAAUCCUGGAUAUCUCUGCUAUGUGGUCUUCAUAAUCUCUUUUGAAUAGACUGUGAAACUCAACUGAUUCAAUACUGGUACCAAUGAUCAUAGUAAUCAAGCAGCAAUACAAAAAAAAAAGAAAUUAAUUUGUAGGUAUCAUGCAUAUUUGUUAAACGACAGUUUUCUUUGAUAAAGCUCUGCAGGUUUUCCGGUAUUGGAUUUCUGGUUUGUUUCUAACUCAUUUUGGGUUUUGAGGUGAAGCUUUUCAUGAUAUUGGGGUACAUGGAUAUUAUUGUUGUCUCUUUUUGAAUCAUGCGCUCAUAUUUUGUGGAUGUAAUUCCGGUGAAGGGUCCGGUCGGCAUUGUGAGGUUAGUAAUGGGCUAACUUUGCUUUGUUGCGUUUCGAUUGAAGCUACCAUUUGGGGGAGUUUGUUGAUUAAUGUAAUUGAGACCGAGUGAAUUACACUGUAUUUAGCCAUCUGAAUCUUUGAUGUAUGUGUAUAAGUAUGCUUCUUACAAACAUUUUUUUUUAAGAUCUGUUUUCUGGGGACUUGAGUUGAUAUUUUAACUUGUCUUGUAUUAUUUUGUAGUGCACUGUUGGAUCGUGUCACAUUGCUUCGAUAUGCCAAUGCUGCUAGCACAUAGAAGUGGGAAUUUUCCAAAGAUUUUUAAGCUUGGGCGUGAUUCCUGUCCUGAGGCUUAGGUGUUUCCAACAGUAUAUUUUGCAAACUUAACAGCUUUGUUUGUUUGUUUUUUGUUGAUCUUUUAUUGAUCACACUGUAUUCUCAACUCCGUACUGUGGUUUCAGUGCACUAGCCAAUUUAAGAUUCUUGCGGUGCAUGUGCUCUUGCGGGUAUUGUGAUUACAACAUUUGAGUAAUAGGAAUUGUGAAUGUAGGUUUUUUAUGUGACUGCAUUCUACCUUGUACUGAGUAUCUUGUUACGAACCUGUAUACAAGCUUCGUUUUGUGCAUUGUGAAUGUGAAGUGAUCUAGCAACAUAAGUUCUUGUCAAUGCUGCUUGGUGAACAAUGACAGUGUCGAGCAGAUUGUUUUUUUUUUUUCAUUUGUGUUCAUGAAUAGUAAAAUUAGGCCUGCACACUUCCAUAGGAUAAUUGCUUUUGGUCGUUAUAGUCCUUUGUAUGUAUGCUGAUCUUAAAUACUUUGGCUAUGCAACUUAGAUUUAUGGCAAAUUCUAAUGGAGCAUAGUAGGACAGCAUUUAUGGCUCAUUUUGGAGCGGUACGGCUGGUUGUUGAGAUGUUAGAUCGAGAGCAGCUGUUGAGCAAAAAUCACACAGCAGCGCUAUCGUGAGUGUUUGACCAAUGUUGAUGGAGUGAACUAAAAACUUUGUAAUUUAAAUGUCUCAGCUUGUCGAUGGAUCGUCCUAAUCAUACUCGCGGUGGAAAGUGAAAUGACGAUAGAAGUGAGAAACAACUCAAACAGCACGUUCUUCUUCUAGAUCAAGUAACUUCUUCUUCAAGAAGUAAAACCUUCUUGAUCCCAAGUAACUCGGGAAGUGUUUUUAGUAGUGUGCACACUUUCAAGCUUUUUUAUUGUGGGGGUGGGUCUGGUGUUGCUCUCGCAGAUUUGAGUGCAUUGAUCAAUGCUGGAAAAUGGUGAUCAACUCUAGGGUUGACCGGUUGCUCUAAGUUUGCCAUUGGAAUUUGGUGUUCUUAGCUAUGAAGUUCAUAGUGCUCUUGGCAUGUACUGUGACUUCAAGGGGGUGCAGAAAUGGACAGAUGCUUUUGUAAUUGGGCAGUUAGUCUAUCUUGUAAGUGCAUGUCGAGAAGUGAAUCAAUUAUUGCUUUACAACAUCGUGUCUUACACGCUCAAUGUGUUCUCACUGCAAAUGUGAACCGUGUGAUGUGUCCAAUUUACAUAUUCUUGGUUUCCUCAAGUGUAGUAGUGUUGGCGUUUUUAGUUUUCUAUUUAUAAGUAUCCUUAGGAAUGGUGUUUUUUUCUCCAGUUUUCCUUGUAGCGCUUUUAUUUGCUGAAUAAGUAUAUUGUACUAUAUAUAUAGAUAUUUUUGGCAAGCUCAGAGAAAACAAGUCAUACCGUGACAUGGGCUUUUUUUUUUCUUUUUUUUUUUCGCUUCCGAAGGACUCAUUUUAAUUCUGUUUAAAUGCUUUAUUUCUGUUACAUGGUUAUUUGUGCACUUAUAAUGUGUAAUGCACUAUUCGUUUGUGACUUGUAUUUAGGAGUAUUACCAUGGUGCACAUCAUCAGAGCACUGGAGGAAUGCUUUUAAGAGCGUAAUAAUUUAUAUUCCAGUUUGCUGCGUAAUGCAUAAGUGUUAUUUGCUACACAGUGUGGGGUUUAUUUGAUGUUUCUCAUACUGGUCAAUGCAUUCCAAUAAAACUUUUUUUUUUUAUGCCU